UUCACCUCUUCUGCCCCCCUUUCUCGGACUUUUCUUCCUCUUGCCCUUUCUACCUAUCUUUGUGCCCCGCCUUACACAUCCUCGCGACGCACGCGCACACCUCGCUGCAACACUCGCUUGCUGCACGACAGGAGCCGCUCGGCUGUGCACGACACAACCACUAGCGACAAUCGGUCGAGUUCACACUUGUACGGCACUCCUCACGACCCCACGGCCAUGUCCUCGCAAAACCUAAUUCGCCGGAAGCUGGUCAUCGUUGGCGAUGGCGCCUGCGGCAAGACGUCAUUGUUAUGCUCAUUCGCUCUGGGAGAGUUUCCGAAGGAAUACAAACCAGCCAUUUUUGAGAAUUAUGUGGCCGAGAUCAGACUAGAUGGAAAGCCUGUGCAGCUGGCUCUAUGGGAUACCGCCGGUCAGGAAGAAUACGAGCGGCUACGACCCAUGUCCUAUUCCAAAUCACACGUCAUUCUUAUUGCAUUUGGCAUCGACACGCCCGACUCGCUGGACAAUGUUUCUGUCAAGUGGAUAGAGGAGGUCCGCUCGAUUUGUGGUCCACAGAUACCCGUCAUUCUCGUCGGCUGCAAGUCUGACCUGCGACCGCCGGAAGGAAGCCCAAACUCACAGAGCUUUGUUUCGCGUGCCCAGGCAGAGCAGGUAGCACAGGCUAUUGGCGCGCGUGCGUACAAAGAAUGCUCCGCCCUCAAGAUUGAGGGCGUCGACGACGUCUUCGAGGCCGCGACUCGUGCGUCGAUGCUCAUGCGCGAGGGUGUGCCUACUGCCGCGCACCACCGGCGAAAGAGUAGUGGUCGCACCGGCGAAGAGUGGGAGCAGCCUAAAGGUGGCUGCUGCGUCAUAUGCUGAGACAUUUGCUUCAGAGGCAAGCACGUUACGUUGUCUCACUCAUGCUCGUAGACCCUCAUGUCCGCCCUGGAUCUCACUUCUGCUGGCUCAUGUACCCCAGGAUUUCUCCAGUUUCAUAUCUCUCCUGCUCUGCAUCACGGUUUCUACUCCGUCGGACGCGCAUCUUACUCUUCCCGGUCUCCAGUCCGUUGUCUGCGCUUCGAAACUCUUGCCUUUCUUCUAUCUUUCUUUCUGCAAUGCCAAAGGACUCAUAUAUUACAUAGCUAGAUCUCAUCAUGAAUUCAUCUUCGUUCUCACUGUGUACAUCUCUAAUGCUUGGAUCUGUCUCGCUAUUGCUCAAUUCUGUUACUUCUGUAUCUCCUUACCCCUGGCUGCGCCCCCUGACGCCCACCCACGUGAUUGGUUUGUGUCAAGUCGCGUCGUGGUCGUGGUCUAUCGCGUUUCAUUCUUGCUUUGAUAUAUAACCACCCUCACUUAC